AAAGGCGAAUUUCCUCCACCCAAAACCCAACGCACCCCUAUCUCAUAAGGAAAGGCCAAUCACCAUAUUUUGUUUGUUUUGUUUUUAUUAUAAAUUAUAAAUAAAUAACCCUUUCAACACCCACUCUACAACUUCCAGUUUUCUCUUUCCCCCACCACUUCCCGACUGCUUUUCCGGUGAAAAUGGCUCAGUGUUUGGCUCCUUCAGUGCAAUGGCAAACAAGGUUAACAAAGAAUGCAAUGGAAACAAGCUCAAUGACCUCAAAAAUGUGGAACUCUGUGUCAUUUAAGCAAAGCAAGAAAGGAGCAUUUAAAAGCUCCACAAAAUUUAGAAUUUGUGCUUCAUCAAGUGGAACUAUUAACAGGGUUGAGGAUUUACUAAACUUGGAUGUUACUCCUUACACUGAUAAGAUCAUUGCUGAAUACAUUUGGAUUGGAGGUUCAGGAACAGAUGUGCGCAGCAAGUCAAGGACACUCUCGAAACCAGUGGAGCAUCCUUCUGAGCUUCCAAAGUGGAAUUAUGAUGGAUCAAGUACUGGACAAGCACCAGGAGAAGACAGUGAAGUUAUCUUAUACCCUCAGGCGAUCUUUAAGGACCCUUUCCGUGGUGGCAACAACAUCUUGGUAAUCUGUGAUACAUACACUCCACAAGGAGUUCCUAUCCCUACAAACAAACGUGCAAAGGCUGCUGAGAUUUUCAGUGAUCCUAAAGUUGUAGCACAAGUUCCCUGGUUUGGAAUUGAGCAAGAGUACACUUUGCUUCAACAAGAUGUGAAGUGGCCUUUGGGUUGGCCUGUUGGAGGGUACCCUGGUCCUCAGGGUCCAUACUACUGUGGUGCGGGGGCAGAUAAGUCAUUUGGAAGGGACAUAUCUGAUGCACAUUACAAGGCUUGUUUAUACGCUGGAAUCAACAUCAGUGGAACCAAUGGUGAAGUCAUGCCAGGACAGUGGGAAUUCCAAGUGGGUCCCAGCGUUGGAAUCGAAGCCGGUGACCAUAUCUGGUGUGCCCGAUACCUCCUUGAGAGAAUUACUGAACAAGCUGGUGUUGUUUUGACACUUGACCCUAAGCCAAUUGAGGGAGACUGGAAUGGAGCAGGAUGCCACACUAACUACAGCACAUUAAGCAUGAGAGAAGAAGGUGGAUUUGAAGUAAUCAAAAAGGCGAUUCUGAACCUUUCCCUUCGCCACGCAGACCACAUCAGUGCUUACGGUGAAGGAAAUGAAAGAAGAUUGACAGGAAAACACGAAACUGCCAGCAUCAACACAUUUUCAUGGGGUGUUGCUAACCGUGGUUGCUCCAUCCGUGUGGGGCGUGACACUGAGAAGGCAGGCAAAGGUUAUUUGGAAGACAGGCGUCCAGCAUCAAACAUGGAUCCAUACACAGUGACUGGAUUACUUGCAGAAACUACUCUCCUGUGGGAGCCUACACUUGAGGCUGAAGCACUUGCUGCUCAGAAAUUGGCACUGAAUGUGUAAAACAAUCAAAUGAAUCCAUUUUCUUCUGAAGCUUGGACUUGGUUAUUUGUUUCUAGUUGAUUUUCUUCAAGAACUUGUGUAGAUAAAGCUCCCAAAAAUCAUCAUGGCUUCAUAUGCAAAUCUGUUUUUGACAAA